AUGAUGGAAGAGAUCUCUAUCACGGUGGCGUACGACGCCCACGUCAUCAACCAGAUCUGUGAGGAGGAUAUCCUGGCUAGCCUGGUGGCCCUCUCCAAGCCUCCCAAACCUGUGGUAGGUCUAAGUCCCUCCUCAUUCCUGGCUACUUCGGCAACUCAACUCUGUUCAUGCACUCUAACUGCCUGAGAACGGCUAAAGGAAACACUUUUUUUGCAGGAGCGAGAGAACUUUAUCUUUCCUGCUGUCUUGUAGGAGACGGUGUAGAUUGUAGCGUGUGUGUGUGCGUUGAUACACUGAAACGUUGUAGUUGUAGCUAUAGUUCAGUCGGUGUGUUCUCAUGGACAUCUUUUCCCUCUCUCCAGUCAGCUUCACCUCAGGACGCUAACGAAAUUACAACUGUCAGUUUGUUUCAGUUAGAGAUGUAUUUUUGUGCUCAAAUGAGACCUUACUCUUCACCCAGCAUGUAUACCUGUGCGUGUGUGUGUGUGUUUGAGAUUGGUCAUCGAAGUCAAAAUCCGACCCAGUUUUUCCUGAAAUGGCUGUUUUGAAUCCUUAGGUAAGUGCAGUCAUUUCAAUAUUCAAACGCUUUCAGCCAGGUAAGGCAGGCACCAUUAUGCAACAGAGAGCUAGCCAAUAUUCCCCCAGUGCACGCAGUCUGUCAGGUCUAGUAGAGAACACUGUGCUUGUCUCAGAUUCAUGCAUUUCAUGUCAGCUGGGCUCAGUUCAAUGGCUACUUCUCACAUUAGGUCAUCAUGCAUUGAAAUUCAAAUCAAGAACCAUUUUCAACACUCUGAAUUGAAUUUCAAUGGAUUUAUUGAAUUGGAAUUGACCCCAACGUUGACAUACAGUGGGGAAAAAAAGUAUUUAGUCAGCCACCAAUUGUGCAAGUUCUCCCACUUAAAAAUAUGAGAGAGGCCUGUAAUUUUCAUCAUAGGUACACGUCAACUAUGACAGACAAAAUGAGAAUUUUUUUCUCCAGAAAAUCACAUUUGUAGGAUUUUUAAUUAAUUUAUUUGCAAAUUAUGGUGGAAAAUAAGUAUUUGGUCAAUAACAAAAGUUUCUCAAUACUUUGUUAUAUACCCUUUGUUGGCAAUGACACAGGUCAAACGUUUUCUGUAAGUCUUCACAAGGUUUUCACACACUGUUGCUGGUAUUUUGGCCCAUUCCUCCAUGCAGAUCUCCUCUAGAGCAGUGAUGUUUUGGGGCUGUCGCUGGGCAACACGGACUUUCAACUCCCUCCAAAGAUUUUCUAUGGGGUUGAGAUCUGGAGACUGGCUAGGCCACUCCAGGACCUUGAAAUGCUUCUUACGAAGCCACUCCUUCAUUGCCCGGGCGGUGUGUUUGGGAUCAUUGUCAUGCUGAAAGACCCAGCCACGUUUCAUCUUCAAUGCCCUUGCUGAUGGAAGGAGGUUUUCACUCAAAAUCUCACGAUACAUGGCCCCAUUCAUUCUUUCCUUUACACGGAUCAGUCGUCCUGGUCCCUUUGCAGAAAAACACCCCCAAAGCAUGAUGUUUCCACCCCCAUGCUUCACAGUAGGUAUGGUGUUCUUUGGAUGCAACUCAGCAUUCUUUGUCCUCCAAACACGACGAGUUGAGUUUUUACCAAAAAGUUCUAUUUUGGUUUCAUCUGACCAUAUGACAUUCUCCCAAUCCUCUUCUGGAUCAUCCAAAUGCACUCUAGCAAACUUCAGACGGGCCUGGACAUGUACUGGCUUAAGUAGGGGGACACGUCUGGCACUGCAGGAUUUGAGUCCCUGGCAGCGUAGUGUGUUACUGAUGGUAGGCUUUGUUACUUUGGUCCCAGCUCUCUGCAGGUUAUUCACUAGGUCCCCCUGUGUGGUUCUGGGAUUUUUGCUCACCGUUCUUGUGAUCAUUUUGACCCCACGGGGUGAGAUCUUGCGUGGAGCCCCAGAUCGAGGGAGAUUAUCAGUGGUCUUGUAUGUCUUCCAUUUCCUAAUAAUUGCUCCCACAGUUGAUUUCUUCAAACCAAGCUGCUUACCUAUUGCAGAUUCAGUCUUCCCAGCCUGGUGCAGGUCUACAAUUUUGUUUCUCAUAGUGGAGUUUGGAGUGUGACUGUUUGAGGUUGUGGACAGGUGUCUUUUAUACUGAUAACAAGUUCAAACAGGUGCCAUUAAUACAGGUAACGAGUGGAGGACAGAGGAGCCUCUUAAAGAAGAAGUUACAGGUCUGUGAGAGCCAGAAAUCUUGCUUGUUUGUAGGUGACCAAAUACUUAUUUUCCAUCAUUUGCAAAUAAAUUCAUUAAAAAUCCUACAAUGUGAUUUUCUGGAUUUUUUUCUUCUCAAUUUGUCUGUCAUAGUUGACGUGUACCUAUGAUGAAAAUUACAGGCCUCUCUCAUCUUUUUAAGUGGGAGAACUUGCACAAUUUGUGGCUGACUAAAUACUUUUUUCCCCCACUGUACAUGCUUUUUUUUUGUGUGCAAAUGAUCGAUAAUGUAUUUUUUCUUACACGUGGGCACUGCGCAUACAUAUGCACGUGCCUUAACUAUGUAUUCUGUGAGGGUCUAGUAUUGAACAGGAAUGUAUAACAUUGUACUGUAAUCUCUAACUGUUGUGUGCCUGUUGGUUAUAGCUGGCUGUUGUACUAGUAAGGAGUGACUGUACAUAGGUUAUCACUGGAGAGCUGAGCCUCACGAACACUUGCAUAUUCCUUCAGUGGCUCAAGGUUAGCUUAUACUUAGGCUGUGUCCCAAAUGGAACCCUAUUCCCUAUAUAAUGCAAUACUUUUGGCAAGUAGUGCAUUACAUAGGUCAUAGGGUGCCACUUAGAACUCAGCCUUAGUUUGUUUUGGUUCUCAUUGCUCUGCAUAGCCCCAAGCUGUCAUUGCCUCCAAAAUACACUAUAUAUCCAAAAGUAUGUGGACACCCUUUCAAAUUAGUGGAUUCAGUAAUUUCAGCCACACCUGUUGCUGACAGGUGUAUAAAAUCGAGCACGCAGCCAUGCAAUCCCCAUAGACAAACAUUGGCAGUAGAAUGGCCUUACUGAAGAGCUCAGUGCUAAUGACACCUUUCCAACAAGUCAGUUUCUCAAACUUCUGCCCUGCUAGAGCUGCCCCGGUCAACUGUAAGUGCUGUUAUUGUGAAGUGGAAACGUCUAGGAGCAACAACGGGCUCACCUGCGAAGUGGUAGGCCACACAAGCUCACAGAAUGGGACCGCCGAGUGCAGAAGCGGGUAGCACUUAGAAAUCGUCUGUCCUCGGUUGCAACACACUCACUACCGAGUUCCGUCAGCACAAGAACUGUUCGUCGGGAGCUUCAUGAAAUGGGUUUCCAUGGCCGAGCAGCCGCACACAAGCCUAAGAUCACCAUGCGCAAUGCCAAGCAUCGGCUGGAGUGGUGUAAAGCUCGCCGCCAUUGGACUCUGGAGCAGUCGAAACGUGUUCUCUGGAGUGAUGAAUCAUGCUUCACCAUCUGGCAGUCCGACGGACAAAUCUGGGUUUGGCGGAUGCUGGGAGAACGCAAUCUGCCCAAAUGCAUAGCGCCAACUGUAAAGUUUGGUGGAGGAGGAAUAAUGUUCUGUGGUUGUUUUUCAUGGUUCGGGCUAGGCCCCUUAGUUCCAGUGAAGGGAAAUAUUAACGCUACAGCAUACAAUGACAUUGUAGACGAUUCUGUGCUUCCAACUUUGUGGCAACAAUUUGGGGAAGGCCCUUUCCUGUGUCAGCAUGACAAUGCCCCCGUGCACAAAGGAAGGUCAUACAGAAAUAGUUUGUUGAUCAGUGCCCAUGAUUAAUGAUGAUUGAAUUAAUGCCCAUGAUUUUGGAAUGAGAUGUUCGACGAGCAGGUGUCCACAUACUUUAGCUUUUGGAAUAUAUUUUGUAUGGCAUAUUUUAGAUUUGGGAAUCUAUUUCUGGCAUAUUUUAGCAUAAGGAGUAUAUUUUAGCAUUGGGAACAUCAUUUCACAUGUUUAAGCAUUGAAAAUACAUUUUGUAUGGCUCAUGGAUAAAUGGCUAGACAAUAAGCUACUUCAGAUGGCGAAAUGAGUCUGGAUAAUGUUGAAAUUAUCAUUUUGUUUUAGUGAGCAACAUUAGAGGGCUAUCAUUAGCUUUGUUUUGUGGGCCUGUUAAUAGUCAUAAAGGGGAAUGCUGAAGGCCUAUAUACAACUUUAAUGGAAAAAGUGAGGGUGAAAUAGUGUCAUCUUCUGCCACUUUCAAGGCUGUCUGUGGUCAGAUAUGACUGAUAAUGCGAGGGGAAGAAUGAGUGUGUGGGAAAAAGAGGACGGGGGAGAGUGGGCUGGAGGGGGAAACCAAGUGCCUUCUUUUCGAGAAGGUUCCAUAGUAUGUUGUCAUCGGAAAUCAGAACUGAAAGGGUGUAUGGAAGCUUUUAGUGUGGUUUUGUUUUUUGGCUCGUGCUCUUCCUCUGCAGGUCAUUUUUGCAAGUCACUUCACACCUUACAGCACCCCCAUCGAGAGACGGUUGGGCUACUCAUUGGCUCUCUCUCUUUCUCACUCACUCACUCUCUCUCUCACACACACACACACACACACACACACCAGGACAAGCUUCUAUGGCAUAUUCCUUUUCAGAUGAAAGCUCUGUCCUUUCAUCAGGAGUAUUCCGGCUCUGUCUCUCUUUCUCUCUAUUUCUCUACAUCUCUCUCUCUCUUUCUUUCUCCGUUUCAUGUUGUUUUCAGAUAAUGGCUGCUAGGGCUGUGACAAUACCAUGGCAAAAAUGAAAACAUGAAGCAGACCAAACUCUUUGGUCCUUUAAAAACCUGCUGUAUGUAAAGUAUUGUGUGCUAUAGCUUGGAAAAUAAAUAAAUGUGACUCUGGAUGACAACAUAAUGAUGUUUUUUUCCAACAUUAGGGCUGUUUUCCUUCCUUUUUUUUGGUUUACUUGUCAUGAUACAAACGAGCAUUGCGAUACUGGUAUCAUCGUGGCCCUAAUGGCUACCUUCUCUCUACCCUUCUCCACUCUCCUCCUAGAGCUAAUGCUGGUAUCUUUCCAGGGCAUCACACACCUGAACACACACACACACACACACACUCUUGUGUUCAGUCGUGGAGCGUAAACAAUGCUGAUAGGCUAUCUUAUCAACCACACACAUCUAUUAGCCUAUACGUUACAAAAUACAGCAAGGAACAGGGUUGACUGCUUCUAGAACUUUCUAUGGAUUCCUGCCUUGUUUCUUACCUGUCUGUAAUAAUAUAUUACAUGAGGACUGGUGAGUUCAUGGUGUCCGUAUAUGCUCUAAGACACUGGGCCUAGCAUGCUAUCAGGCUGAGAACAAACGACAUGGGAAGAUGGCUUGCUAACAAUGGAGUAUUUGUAGUAGGGAUGCGUUGUGGGUAAUUGAUAACCUAAGGGAGGUAUAUUUGCCCCCUGGGUCCCACAGGGCAAGGGCCAGGUGUACAUUAUGCAUGGCUAGGCAGGCUAGUGAAGAAAGAAUAUAAUGUCCAGGCAACAGGCUGUUUAGUAUCCUCAUUAUAAACCUAGUACAGUAUGCAACAUCUUUUUACUACAUUCCAUACAGGAAAUGUACAACAUUGAUCUCUCAUGACACAAGGCAAUGGGACGUAAGUUGUCCCAAACUAGUGUUUUCAUCCCAACCAGCUCCUAUUGUGUGACUGAGCCCUUGAGAGCCUCUUGACAACUCCAGUCACUGUGUAACUAUGGUGAACACAUGAAACCCACCCAUACUCUCUCUUUCUCUCUCAUCUCACUCUCUCUAUCACCGCUCUCUUUCUCACUCUCUCUCUAUCACCGCUCUCUUUCUCUCUCACCUCACUCUCUCUAUCACCGCUCUCUUUCUCUCUCUCACCUCACUCUCUCUAUCACCGCUCUCUUUCUCUCUCUCAUCUCACUCUCUAUCACCGCUCUCUUUCUCUCUCUCAUCUCACUCUCUCUAUCACUGCUCUCUUUCUCUCUCUCACCUCACUCUCUCUAUCACCGCUCUCUUAUCUCACUCUCUCUAUCACCGCUCUCUUUUCUCUCUCACCUCACUCUCUCUAUCACCGCUCUCUUUCUCUCUCACCUCACUCUCUCUCACCGCUCCCAUAUCAAUCAUCACCGCUCCAUCUCACUCUCUAUCACUGCUCUCUUUCUCCCCCCUCUCAUCUCAUCUCUCAUCUCACGCUCCUUUCUCUCCUCACUCCGCAGUGACCCUACUCCUCUCUCACUACUCCACCAGUGACUCCUAUUUCCUCUCUCUCAUCUCAUCUCUCUCUAUCUCUCUCUCUCUUCACUCUCUCAUUCUCUCUCUCUCUCACUCCAGCCAGUGAACUCCUAUCUUCCUCUCUCUCAUCUCACUCUCAGCCAGUGAACUCCUAUCUUCCUCUCUCUCAUCUCACUCUCAGCCAGUGAACUCCUAUCUUCCUCUCUCUCAUCUCACUCUCAGCCAGUGAACUCCUAUCUUCCUCUCUCUCAUCCUCCACCAGUGAACUCAUCUUCUCUCUUACUCACUCUCAGCCAGUGAACUCCUACUUCCUCUCAUCUAAUACUCAAACAUCUCAUCCAAAGAUGAACUCCUAUCUUCCUCUCUCUCAUCUCACUCUCAGCCAGUGAACUCCUAUCUUCCUCUCUCUCAUCUCACUCUCAGCCAGUGAACUCCUAUCUUCCUCUCUUCUGUCUCUGCCCUUUCUCUUUUACUCAUCCCCCUCUGUCUUCCCUCUUUCUCAGCCAGUGAACUCCUAUCUUCCUCUCUUCUUUCUCUGCUCUUUCUCUUCCUUCCCCUUCUUUCUUCCUCAAACAGUGAGCUCCCAUUUACCUCGUUCACCCUCCUUCUCGUCCAUGAGCUUUUAUCUCUGGUGGUAUCAGCCGGUGAGCUCUGCCCCCCUCUCUCUCUCCCGUAGGGGCCUCUGGUGGCUGUAUCCAUUAACAAUGCCCCUCCCCUCUGUGGCUUGUUUUGCCCCAGACAAACCUGUAAUCUACAUCCUAGCAGCAGCUGCCAUGGCAACACCAAGGGCUGAUCCACCCUAGGAUACAAUUUCCUUAGGCACAGAUCUGGCUGGCAUAGAGAGCCUUGACCAAAUGUGUUGUCAUGUUUUGAAGUUUUAACUCACUACUGUGCAGGUGUAUAUUUACCUUAACACCCGUGUUUUGGCAUUAGGGUAUCUUGGUAGUUCUGGCUUUGGCUUUGUUCAUGAUACUUGUACUGCCUGUUGUUCAGCUCCUGCUGUGUUUUUUAUGCUGGAAAAAUGAGGCUAGAGUGGUUAGCUAGAAUGUAAAUGAACAAGUGUACAUUAUGUAAAUGUGUUCUCUGCACAGAGUAGUAGGGUUUUGAGGUGUGUCUUUGGGGGUUGUGUGAUGUCAACGAUCUCAGGAGACACAGGCGGCAGCCAUUUUGUGCCAAGGCAUGUAACAGUUAAUACAUGUCUCUAGUAAAAGCAAUAGUGAACAGGUAGGUGUACAUUGAUGCAGAUCUAAGAGGAAUGUUUAUACUGAUACUGUUCUGUUUCUGUUCCAUCAGUGUGGUGAUGAAAGUAAGAAGAUAUGCUGUGGAAACCCUAGUUUUGCCUUCAGUUAGGUUUCUACAUCACAAGCUCACAAAGAUCUCAGUAACCCUAACUUUCCAUUACAUCCAUUUGGAGAAAAGGAACAGUCUGAUUUAGCUCUGUUUGUCUCCCCAUUGCCAUCUAGUGGUUUAGAAGCUCUUUCACACUUUGGAACGCAAACUGUUAUCAUAGACCCAACAUGGCUGUGGUUGCAUUUUUUAAAGACCAUUCCAUCCAACAACACUGACUCAACUCUCCUCUCCUGUCACCCCUCCAGGUUCCCACCAAGAAGCUGAAGAAGUUUGAGAAGGAGUACCAGAGCCUGAGAGAGAGCCAGCUGCAGCAGGAGGACCCCAUCGACCGCUACCAGGUAAGAAACAGACUACCCACAAUCGUGUCUUAACCACUACUCCAGAUUCAGUUUACUCUACCCCCAAUCUGACUUAAACUGUUAGGCAGAUGACAUAAUAUCUGACCCUGUAUCGGUAGUUGUGAGUAGGGGCCUCACUUCUGCUUACGCCCCAUUCAGCCACUAAAAUUACCCCAGUGUUUCCCAUAGCUAGAGUUACUUAGGCAGGCCCCCUCACUGUGCUUGUAUACCUCGAGAAUUGGACCUCUGAAAAAAGGGUUGUUUGUAAAAUAUAGAUGAUACUUCGGAAGUCUUUGGUAUUCCGCUUAAGAAACAACACCUAGGGGAAACACUGAUAUCCUUCCCAGUAGACGCCUGUCCCACCCCCUCCCUCCAGUCUCGGCUCAGGUCUUGUAGAACGCUGUGCUGAUCAUGGCAGACUACGCAAGACACACCCACAGUGGAGAGAAAGGGAAAUCACUUUUUUGUUGUUGUUAUGAGUGGAAGCCGUAGACUUUUGCUGGUCAAAGAUAUGGAAGAGAAAACAGCUUUCCCCUCUCACUAUUGGAAUUAUGUUAAGAUUCAUAGGGAUGAUUCUGAAUAAUGUAAUCCAAUACAACCUCAUCCAGUUAGUCUCAGAUAUCCCCGACCUUGGAGCUACAGUACGUAAUCCUUCAGCUUUUCUCUGACUUUUCCAAAUGGGGAAAAAAAAAAAAAACCUGGGCAGGGUUCUCUUCAGACAGACAACUCUCCCAACAAAUCACACUUUUGGGUAGGCAGGGCUUAAAUUGCUUAUUAAAAAUAUUCCCCUCUGAAACAUAGAGACGGACCCAAUGCGCACGCAUAUAGCUAUGCUAAUCAGGGGAGAACGACUGGCAGUCACCCCUGGAAUGAGAUGAGGAACACCACAUCCUCAUUAUAAUUAUGCCGCAUAAAUCAUUAUAUACAUUUUCAAAAUGUUAUAACCCUUCUACACUAAAAGGAGGGACAUAUUAGAUGACUGCAACCUGUAAAACGUUACUAUCUUCAAGUGACUGCUAGUUAGUUACCUAGCAUUGUUCAGCCCAUAGUAACUUAGACAUCCAGCUAGCUAGCCAGCUAAUAGCUUUAGCUUGCUCACUAGCCAUUAGUAAUGGGCUUGCUAAUACAUUUUAUGUGUUGGUUAUUAGUUAGCUAGCUCUACUACAGGCUAAACAUUUCCCUUCACUGAAGUUAUUCAUUUUUCUUCUUGGGACUUGGAUGUAUCUUUUUUUACAUAGACCAAAGCCAAUCACCCAUGCAUUCUACUGUAGCUAGAUACUGUACUAACCAUACUCACUGGCAAGUUUCUUCCCUGCCCCCCAAGUUUGAAAAUGCUAGAAGUAAACAUUGAUUUUGUUAGGAACUCCUCUCAGCUGGUUGUCUAUGUCUUAAUUCUACACAAAUUGAAAUGAAAUAACCAAAACCAGCAGACGCACAGCCCUCCAGGAAUUGAGUUUGACACCCCUGAUCUAAUGCAACAUUUACUAAUGUAAAGAAAACAGAGCAUGUACAAUCACUUUAUUUUGUAGGAUGAUAUAGCUUAAUGGUGCAUGAAGCAAACAUGGGAUGCCUUUGAAGUUGAGUAAAGAUGUCCAUGUUUUCGUCCUUCUGUCCCCUGGUGCAGUGGAACAAUUCUUGUUCAGCCGCAGUAGCAUUAUUCCGGAUAGUUGACGUCCUGUAAACAGUGAACGGGCAUGUAGAUGUCUAUGGGACAGUUUUCAGACUGGAUCUGACAUUUUGAAAUAUAUAUUUCUUAUUAAAAACUGCAUUUGCAUAAUAUAACACCCUCACAACCUCCAUCCUCAUAAUCAGCAUAACAUCCUGGUUCUCUAAAAUUCACAUUCCAGGCUUGCAAACAGUGGUGCCAGUUGGCUGUGCAGCCUCAACCCAGUAUGCGCGCACAACGUCUUCGGACAUGUACAUUUGAGUUGGCAAUAUGUAUUCUAAAGACUUUUUGCACAUUUGCAAGAUGUCACCGAAAUGGAGAGAGAAGAGAGAGAGAAAGAGAGGGGGAGACAUUAGAAUGUCUAGGCCCCGUGUAGCUCAGUUGGUAGAGCAUGGCGCUUGCAACGCCAGGGUUGUGGGUUCGUUUCCCACGGGGGGCCAGUAUGAAAAUGUAUGCACUCACUAACUGUAGGUCGCUCUGGAUAAGAGCGUCUGCUAAAAUGUAAAUAUGUGCUGGGGGCCAUGAUGCCCAUGCUGAAGGGCAAGUAGGUGGACAUCGCCAUGGCACCUCCAGGGACCUCAGCUGCUGUGUAUGUGGGCGACGGGGGUGACACUUGGGGACAGAGAGGGGUUACAAUUUGCAUAGGUGUUUUUACAUAACCACCUCUGCCAGUACUUGGGGAACAGAUUGUUUCCAUAAACCUUAAUGUAGACAUUCUUAGCUAUUUGCCGUUCAAGCAGGCAGACAUACAGGCGGUAUGACGAGUUUGGAUGUAUGAUGUCAUACCGGCUGUUUUUCUGCCUGCUUGAACGGCAAAUAGCUCAAAUACGCAUGAAAACAUGAAAUUACCCCGGGAAUCGAUAGAACUCGCUCAGAGAUGCAGAAAUACGAUAUAACAUUCAAAAUGGCUGAAUCUUCCUUUAAGUUCCAAAGGCUUCCAAAACCGUACCACUAGCGUGGAUUAAUAACGUUUCUAAACGUUAAACAGAGCGUGGGGAUUGUAGUUCACAUGGAGACAGCUGUCCUCCAUAGCAGCCCAGUCACACAGCCACUAUGUAAAAGAUAUUACUGACAAAUGUUUUAAAGAGCAGCUCGUUUGCAAGUUUGUUGUUGUUUGGAUGGAGAGACUGUAAGGUAGAGGUCUUCACGGGUCCAACAGACCUGAAAUUCCGACUUCUGACCCUGUUCCCGAGCUGGUCCGGGUCCUAAAAUCUGACUUUUGUCUUAGAUCCGGGUCAAGUCUGAUAUAAUUGCCACAGGUCUCAGUAUGUGCAAUUAUAAUGUAUUUACCAACCCGAUUUGGGCCCGUUUCUGUUAAUUUAAAGUGUGUGAGGUGAUGAGAACUGUGUGAACUUGUUAUGCGUCAGCCAAUUGCAACUCAGUAAAACAUCUAGCAUAUGUCCAGCUGAAACUGGUUCCGGCUGCUCACCUCGCGUGCGCCUGCUGCUGAGGAGAGAGAGUGAAAGGAGCCUUGACCUAGGCUACUGUUGACUGCGAAGAUGGAGGCAUUUUUCAUUGAAAUAAAACUAAAGUUAGAGGAGAAUAAGUACAUUGAAAAGAAACCGACAAGGGGAAUGUCCUCGGGGACAAGUUAAUAUUGUAGUGGACAAAGAUGAGAAGAACGUUGGCCCGGCCAAAUGGACUGUGUGCAACUCGCUAUUCAGGUUUGAUGCAAUUUUCUGACUUGUAUUUAUUUAUUUUCGUGUUUAUUAUUUGUUUUAUCAUUAUUAUUAUUAUUGUAUAUCAUUAUUAUUAUUGUAGGCCUAUUUAAGAAUAUAAACCAGUUCUUUAAAUAUGCAAAAGUGUUUUGUUUCAUUUUGUUGAGACAAAUUAAGUUUGAACUGUCUUAAUUUUGUGCUCCGUAUUUAGUUUAAGAUAGGUUAAAAGUAUACAUCAUUAGCUUAUUGCUGUCAAGUGUUUUGUUUCAUUCUGUGAAGCCAUUUUCUUUGGCCAAAUGACGUUCCAACUGUAAUGUUGUGUUUACUUCAAUAUAAUAGAAUUACCGGUAGGCCUACUAUAUGGCUACUCGCACUCAAACCAUGAAAAGGAAAAACCAAAGAGGGCGAGAUGCAAAACUUCAUUUAAUGCCGCAAUAUAAUAACAAGUUGGUAUUUUCCCUAUAAACAAUGACUUGACUUACUUUUGAUAUUACCCUAAUAAGCUAGGAAACGUUUGUGAAGGUUUGGUGUGGUAUGGUUGUUAUUAGGCUUAGCUAGGCUGCAGGCAUAUGAAGGCAGUGCGCACCAGAGCGCCAACUGACUCCCACAGUUGAACUUGAGUUGAGGAAGAAUGUUUUAGGCCUACCAGAGUUACUCCUUUAAUCUAUACUGAACAAAAAUAUAAACGCCAUAUGUCAAGUGUUGGUUUCAUGAGCUGAAAUAAAAGAUCCCAGAAAUGUUUAAUACGCACAAAAAACGUAUUUCUCUCAAAUGUUGUGCACACAUUUGUUUACAUCCCUGUUAGUGAGCGUUUCUCGUUAGCCAAGAUAAUCCAUCCACCUGACAGGUGUGGCAUAUCAAGAAGCUGAUUAAACAGCAUGAUCAUAACACCUUGUGCUGGGGACAAUAAAAGGCCACUCUAAAAUGUACAGUUUUGUCACACAACACAAUGCCACAGAUGUCUUAAGUUUUGAGGGAGCGUGCAAUUGGCAUGCUGACUGCAGGAAUGUCCACCAGAGCAGGUUUGGGAUGCUCCGGAUCAACGUGUACGACAGCGUGUUCCAGUUCCCGCCUGUAUCCAGCAACUUUUCACAGCCAUUGAAGAGGAGUGGGACAACAUUCCACAGGCCACAAUCAACAGCCUGAUCAACUCUAUGUGAAGGAGAUGUGUCGCGCUGCAUGAGGCAAAUGGUCACACCAGAUACUGACUGGUUUUCUGAUCCACGCCUUACCUUUCUUUAAUGGUAUCUGUGACCAACAGAUGCAUAUCUGUAUUCCAAAUCACGUGAAAUUCAUAGAUUAGGACCUAAUGAUUUCCUUAAAUGAACUGUAACUCAGUAAAAUCUUUGAAAUUGUUGCAUGUUGCGUUUAUUUUUGUUUGGGGUUGUAUUUUCUGGUUUGGGGUUGUUUGAGGUGAUUAGUUGUACCCCCUGCUUGCUGUGCGCGUGCAGCAAAUGAACUGUCGCUAAUUUUGCAGAACAAGUUGUGUAAGUUUGUUUCUCCGCAUACUGAACAUGGUCUUAUAAUGUGUGGGGGUGUGUGUUAGUGAUGCGUGGGUCAGCUGUUUGUUCACCCACACCCUCCCGCAAUCUGAGGCCCGCAUCUGACCCUAACCCGCAAAUUAAGGAAAAUUAAAAGCUGUUAAAACGACCUAACAUGUUUUUGAUAAGAUUUCAGUUUGGCUUGAUGCAUAUUUUAUGCGUUUCAAAUACUAUCAGCUUUUAUGAUGCUGAUAAAGAUAGACUGCCCCUAACUGCGCAUUCAUUCUCUCAAGAUGCUGAAAUAAAUAAAGAAUAUUUCUCCACUCCUGUUUCCAAGUCAAAAUGUAUAUUUGGUGUAUCACUUUACUGCAAGAAAUGCUUAAUUCUGCAGGAGUUAACAUUAUAUUAGGCUAUGUGAGAGGUUAUAGACCUACAGUCGUUGUCCACAUUUCCAUUAGGCUACUAUUCCAUUUAACCCAUCUGAACCGUAUCUCUGUGCCCAGUGGGUUAUGACUGUUUAAUUUGUGUAUCUCAUCACACGUAACAUAGCCGGCACUGCUAUCAUCCUCUUUUACCACUUCACCAAACAUUAGACUACUGUUCUGGCCCUCCCUUCUAUAACAUUACGCUACUGUUCUGACCCUCCCUUCUAUAACAUUAGACUACUGUUCUGGCCCUCCCUUCUAUAACAUUACACUACUGUUCUGACCCUCCCUUCUAUAACAUUACGCUACUGUUCUAACCCUCCCUUCUAUAACAUUACACUACUGUUCUGGCCCUCCCUUCUAUAACAUUAGACUACUGGUCUGACCCUCCCUUCUAUAACAUUAGACUACUGUUCUGACCCUCCCUUCUAUAACAUUAGACUACUGUUCUGGCCCUCCCUUCUACAACAUUAGACUACUGUUCUAACCCUCCCUUCUAUAACAUUACACUACUGUUCUGGCCCUCCCUUCUAUAACAUUAGACUACUGGUCUGACCCUCCCUUCUAUAACAUUAGACUACUGUUCUGGUCCUCCCUUCUAUAACAUUACACUACUGUUCUAACCCUCCCUUCUAUAACAUUAGACUACUGUUCUGAUCCUCCCUUCUAUAACAUUACACUACUGUUCUGACCCUCCCUUCUAUAACAUUACACUACUGUUCUGGCCCUCCCUUCUAUAACAUUACACUACUGUUCUGGCCCUCCCUUCUAUAACAGACUACUGUUCUGGCCCUCCCUUCUAUAACAUUACACUACUGUUCUGGCCCUCCCUUCUAUAACAUUAGACUACUGUUCUGACCCUCCCUUCUAUAACAUUAGACUACUGUUCUGGCCCUCCCUUCUAUAACAUUAGACUACUGUUCUGACCCUCCCUUCUAUAACAUUACACUACUGUUCUGGCCCUCCCUUCUAUAACAUUAGACUACUGUUCUGGCCCUCCCUUCUAUAACAUUAGACUACUGUUCUGACCCUCCCUUCUAUAACAUUAGACUACUGUUCUGACCCUCCCUUCUAUAACAUUACACUACUGUUCUGACCCUCCCUUCUAUAACAUUAGACUACUGUUCUAACCCUCCCUUCUAUAACAUUACACUACUGUUCUGACCCUCCCUUCUAUAACAUUACACUACUGUUCUGACCCUCCCUUCUAUAACAUUAGACUACUGUUCUAACCCUCCCUUCUAUAACAUUACACUACUGUUCUGACCCUCCCUUCUAUAACAUUACACUACUGUUCUGACCCUCCCUUCUAUAACAUUAGACUACUGUUCUGACCCUCCCUUCUAUAACAUUAGACUACUGUUCUAACCCUCCCUUCUAUAACAUGACACUACUGUUCUGGCCCUCCCUUCUAUAACAUUAGACUACUGUUCUGACCCUCCCUUCUAUAACAUUAGACUACUGUUCUGGCCCUCCCUUCUAUAACAUUAGACUACUGUUCUGACCCUCCCUUCUAUAACAUUAGACUACUGUUCUAACCCUCCCUUCUAUAACAUGACACUACUGUUCUGACCCUCCCUUCUAUAACAUUACACUACUGUUCUGACCCUCCCUUCUAUAACAUUAGACUACUGUUCUAACCCUCCCUUCUAUAACAUGACACUACUGUUCUGACCCUCCCUUCUAUAACAUUAGACUACUGUUCUGACCCUCACUUCUAUUUAUUUUCAACUCUCCAUUGCACAGUUUUCCUCAUCCAAUUAACUCCGACAUUGCCCGUUUUGCCUCAGUGGAUCGCCGUUAACUUUUUCUGCCCACGUUUCCAAAAGCAUUUGUCAGUUGGUGUGUAUUUGGCAUGCUACAGUUAGGCCCUAUAGGUUAGGCUACAUGCUAACGCCAGAUACCAAUAGGUUAGGCUACAUGCUAACGCCAGAUACCAAUAGGUUAGGCUACAUGCUAACGCCAGAUACCAAUAGGUUAGGCUACAUGCUAACGCCAGAUACCAAUAGGUUAGGCUACAUGCUAACGCCAGAUACCAAUAGGUUAGGCUACAUGCUAACGCCAGAUACCAAUAGGUUAGGCUACAUGCUAACGCCAGAUACCAAGAAUGAAAGAAAAACCUCCAUGUAGCCUGUAGAUAUGAACUGCACAAGAAUUAGACAUUUAUGGAUUUCACACUUCAUCCACACAAUAUUUCAUGACCCUAAACCCGCCCGCGGGUUAUGAGUCAACCCGCACAUCACUAGUGUGUGUGUGUGUGUGUGUGUGUGUGUAUACAUACUUUUUUUAUGGAAAAUGUACUGGCUACGGCUGUGAUAUGUGAUUGUCUCACCCAGCUAUCUUAAGAUGAACGCUAAAUGACUAAAAUGUAAUGUGUGUGUGUUGCUGCCCACAGAGAGAGAACCGUCGGCUGCAGGAGGCCAGCAUGCGGCUGGAGCAGGAGAACGAUGACCUGGCCCAUGAGCUGGUGACCAGCAAGAUCGCCCUGCGGACCGACCUGGACCAGGCGGAGGACAAGGCAGACGUGCUGAACAAGGAGCUGCUCUGCACCAAACAACGCCUGGUGGAGACUGAGGAGGAGAAGCGGAGGCAGGCGGAGGAGACAGCACAGGUUACACAGCUCAGUCACACACGUGCAAGUGCUUCGGGAGAAGUGUUGGGACGCAGCCCAAAUGACCGAAGUAGCAAGGGUUUUACGAUCAUAGCUAAUGUGUGGUUGCGAUCUUGCCCUGUCUGUCCAGAUUAAAGAGGUGUUCAGGAGAGAGCUGGAGAAAGCUGAGUCAGAGAUCAAGAAGACUACGGCUAUCAUCGCUGAAUACAAACAGGUAGGAUCCAGAGACAUAAGAGAGGAGAGCAGUGUGUGUAUGGUUCUAACCCCGUUACCUUACCUUUUAGACCCAGGUUACACCAUAAAGCUGGUUUAUAGUUACUUUUUUGAUUCCACAAUUUUACUGUCAUUACCUUUGGUGCAUUUAAUGCAUUGAUUUACCUUGCCAGGAGCUGAUGAGCUUUGUGUGGGUGGGGAGAUCGGUGUAUGAUGUAUGUUGAUGAUGUAUGUUUUUAACCUGUGAUAUUCUAUGUGGAAGCAGCAGCACUAUUUCAUGUCCAAGACACAUUUCCCCUCGGGACAAUAAUCCUAAUCCUACUAUGUCCCUAAAAUCCCAUUAAAUCCUAAUUGAGAUGCAUCUUCUGUAUGUUCUGGUGUUCAGGUGUAUCUGAAAGGUCACUGAACCUGUCUAGGUAAUACGUAAUAGCUUUGUAAACAUGCAGUCCUCCUGUGUGUUCCCAGAUCUGUUCUCAUCUCAGCACCAGGCUAGAGAAGCAGCAGGCUGCCACCAAGGAGGAGCUGGACAUCAUCAAGGUAGGACAAGAUCUGUGUUGGCGUCUGUCAUGUAAUUAUUAUUAGGUGGUAUGAUGAAGGGUUCUAGUACAGUGUUAAGAUACAAGCCCAUCACUAGAUCCAAGCCCAUCACUAGAUCCAAGCCCCCAUCACUAGAUCCAAGCCCCCAUCACUAGAUCCAAGCCCAUCACUAGAUCCAAGCCCAUCACUAGAUACAAGCCCAUCACUAGAUCCAAGCCCAUCACUAGAUCCAAGCCCCCAUCACUAGAUACAAGCCCAUCACUAGAUACAAGCCCAUCACUAGAUACAAGCCCAUCACUAGAUACAAGCCCAUCACUAGAUACAAGCCCAUCACUAGAUCCAAGCCCAUCACUAGACUUGUAUCACUAGAUACAAGCCCAUCACUAGAUCCAAGCCCAUCACUAGAUCCAAGCCCAUCACUAGAUCCAAGCCCAUCACUAGAUCCAAGCCCAUCACUAGAUACAAGCCCAUCACUAGAUACAAGCCCAUCACUAGAUACAAGCCCAUCACUAGAUACAAGCCCAUCACUAGACUUGUAUCACUAGAUACAAGCCCAUCACUAGAUACAAGCCCAUCACUAGAUACAAGCCCAUCACUAGAUACAAGCCCGUCCCUAGAUACAAGCCUGUCCCUAGAUACAAGCCCGUAACUAGAUACAAGCCCGUAACUAGAUCCAAGCCCAUCACUAGAUCCAAACCCAUCACUAGACUUGUAUCACUAGAUACAAGCCCAUCACUAGAUACAAGCCAGUCCCUAGAUACAAGCCCGUCCCUAGAUACAAGCCUGUCCCUAGAUCCAAGCCCCCAUCACUAGAUCCAAGCCCAUCACUAGAUCCAAGCCCAUCACUAGAUCGAAGCCCAUCACUAGAUCGAAGCCCAUCACUAGAUACAAGCCCAUCACUAGAUCCAAGCCCAUCACUAGAUCCAAGCCCCCAUCACUAGAUCCAAGCCCCCAUCACUAGAUCCAAGCCCAUCACUAGAUACAAGCCCAUCACUAGAUACAAGCCCAUCACUAGAUACAAGCCCAUCACUAGAUCCAAGCCCAUCACUAGAUCCAAGCCCAUCACUAGAUACAAGCCCAUCACUAGAUCCAAGCCCAUCACUAGACUUGUAUCACUAGAUCCAAGCCCAUCACUAGAUCCAAGCCCAUCACUAGAUACAAGCCCAUCACUAGAUACAAGCCCAUCACUAGAUACAAGCCCAUCACUAGAUACAAGCCCAUCACUAGAUACAAGCCCAUCACUAGACUUGUAUCACUAGAUACAAGCCCAUCACUAGAUCCAAGCCCAUCACUAGAUCCAAGCCCAUCACUAGAUACAAGCCCAUCACUAGAUACAAGCCCGUCCCUAGAUACAAGCCUGUCCCUAGAUACAAGCCCGUAACUAGAUACAAGCCCGUAACUAGAUCCAAGCCCAUCACUAGAUCCAAACCCAUCACUAGACUUGUAUCACUAGAUACAAGCCCAUCACUAGAUACAAGCCCAUCCCUAGAUACAAGCCCGUCCCUAGAUACAAGCCCGUCCCUAGAUACAAGCCCAUCACUAGAUACAAGCCCAUCACUAGAUACAAGCCCAUCACUAGAUCCAAGCCCGUAACUAGAUACAAGCCCGUGACUAGAUACAAGCCCAUCACUAGAUACAAGCCCGUAACUAGAUACAAGCCCAUCAUUAGAUACAAGCCCAUCUCUAGAUACAAGCCCAUCACUAGAUACAAGCCCGUAACUAGAUACAAGCCCAUCACUAGAUACAGUGGGGAGAACAAGUAUUUGAUACACUGCCGAUUUUGCAGGUCGGCAGUGUAUCCAGAAAAUCACAUUGUAUGAUUUCUAAGUAAUUAAUUUGCAUUUUAUUGCAUGACAUAAGUGUUUGAUCACCUACCAACCAGUAACAAUAAAAUACUAUGUAUACACAACAUAAAGACUAUAAAGUAUGUAUACGCAACAUAAAGACUAUAUAUAUAGUCUUUAUGUUGCGUAUACAUACUUUAUAUAUAGUCUUUAUGUUGCGUAUACAUCCUUUAUAUAUAGUCUUUAUGUUGCGUAUACAUACUUUAUAUAUAGUCUUUAUGUUGUGUAUACAUACUUUAUAUAUAGUCUUUAUGUUGCGUAUACAUACUAUAUAUAUAGUCUUUAUGUUGCGUAUACAUACUUUAUAUAUAGUCUUUAUGUUGUGUAUACAUACUUUAUAUAUAGUCUUUAUGUUGCGUAUACAUACAUUUUAUAUAGUCUUUAUGUUGCGUAUACAUACUUUAUAUAUAGUCUUUAUGUUGCGUAUACAUACUAUAUAUAUAUAGUCUUUAUGUUGCGUAUACAUACUUUAUAUAUAGUCUUUAUGUUGUGUAUACAUACUUUAUAUAUAGUCUUUAUGUUGCGUAUACAUACAUUUUAUAUAGUCUUUAUGUUGCGUAUACAUACUUUAUAUAUAGUCUUUAUGUUGCGUAUACAUACUAUAUAUAUAUAGUCUUUAUGUUGCGUAUACAUACUUUAUAUAUAGUCUUUAUGUUGCGUAUACAUACUUUAUAUAUAGUCUUUAUGUUGCGUAUACAUACUUUAUAUAUAGUCUUUAUGUUGUGUAUACAUACUUUAUAUAUAGUCUUUAUGUUGUGUAUACAUACUUUAUAUAUAGUCUUUAUGUUGCGUAUACAUACUUUAUAUAUAGUCUUUAUGUUGCGUAUACAUACUUUAUAUAGAGUCUUUAUAAUGUGUAUACAUACUUUAUAUAUAGUCUUUAUGUUGCGUAUACAUACUAUAUAUAUAUAGUCUUUAUGUUGCGUAUACAUACUUUAUAUAUAGUCUUUAUGUUGCGUAUACAUACUUUAUAUAUAGUCUUUAUGUUGCGUAUACAUACUUUAUAUAUAGUCUUAAUGUUGUGUAUACAUACUUUAUAUAUAGUCUUUAUGUUGUGUAUACAUACUUUAUAUAUAGUCUUUAUGUUGUGUAUACAUACUUUAUAUAUAGUCUUUAUGUUGUGUAUACAUACUUUAUAGUCUUUAUGUUGCAUAUACAUACUUUAUAUAUAGUCUUUAUGUUGCGUAUACAUACUUUAUAUAUAGUCUUUAUGUUGUGUAUACAUACUUUAUAUAUAGUCUUUAUGUUGCGUAUACAUACUUUAUAUAUAGUCUUUAUGUUGCGUAUACAUACUUUAUAUAUAGUCUUUAUGUUGCGUAUACAUACUUUAUAUAUAGUCUUUAUGUUGCGUAUACAUACUUUAUAUAUAGUCUUUAUGUUGUGUAUACAUACUUUAUAGUCUUUAUGUUGCGUAACAUACUUUAUCUAUAGUCUUUAUGUUGCGUAUACAUACUAUAUAUAGUUCUUAUGUUGCGUAUACAUACUUUAUAUAUAGUCUUUAUGUUGCGUAUACAUACUUUAUAUAGUCUUUAUGUUGUGUAUACAUACUUUAUAUAUAGUCUUUAUGUUGCGUAUACAUACUUUAUAGUCUUUAUGUUGCAUAUAGUAUGUUGCUGCUAUUCCAGUUUCAACUGUUCUGCCUGCGGCUACGAAACCCCUACCUGUCCCAGACCUGCUGUUUUCAACUCUUAAUGAUCGGCUAUGAAAAGCCAACUGAGAGACCUGAGCCCUAGGACCAUACGUCGGGACUACCGGCCGUGGUGACUCCUUGCUGUCCCCAGUCCGCCUGGCCUUGCUGCUAUUCCAGUUUCAACUGUUCUGCCUGCGGUUAUGGAACCCCUACCUGUCCCAGACCUGCUGUUUUCAACUCUUAAUGAUCGGCUAUGAAAAGCCAACUGAGAUAUAUUCCUGAUUAUUAUUUGACCAUGCUUGUCACUUAUGAACAUUUUUGAACAUCUUGGCAUGGUUCUGUUAUAAUCUCCACCCGGCACAGCCAGAAGAGGACUGGCCAACCCUCAUAGCCUGGUUCCUCUCUAGGUUUCUUCCUAGGUUUUCGCCUUUCUAGGGAGUUUUUCCUAGCCACCGUGCUUCUACACCUGCAUUACUAGCUGUUUGGGGUUUUAGGCUGGGUUUCUGUACAGCACUUCGAGAUAUUAGCUGAUGUAAGAAGGGCUAUAUAAAAUAAAAUUGAUUGAUUGAUUGAUAUACAUACUUUAUAUAUAGUCUUUAUGUUGUGUAUACAUACUUUAUAGUCUUUAUGUUGCAUAUACAUACUUUAUAUAUAGUCUUUAUGUUGCGUAUACAUACUUUAUAUAUAGUCUUUAUGUUGCGUAUACAUACUUUAUAUAUAGUCUUUAUGUUGUGUAUACAUACUUUAUAUAUAGUCUUUAUGUUGCGUAUACAUACUUUAUAGUCCUUAUGUUGCGUAUACAUACUUUAUAUAUAGUCUUUAUGUUGUGUAUACAUACUUUAUAGUCUUUAUGUUGCAUAUACAUACUUUAUAUAUAGUCUUUAUGUUGCGUAUACAUACUUUAUAUAUAGUCUUUAUGUUGCAUAUACAUACUUUAUAUAUAGUCUUUAUGUUGCGUAUACAUACUUUAUAUAUAGUCUUUAUGUUGCGUAUACAUACUUUAUAUAUAGUCUUUAUGUUGCGUAUACAUACUUUAUAUAUAGUCUUUAUGUUGCGUAUACAUACUUUAUAUAUAGUCUUUAUGUUGUGUAUACAUACUUUAUAGUCUUUAUGUUGCGUAUACAUACUUUAUAUAUAGUCUUUAUGUUGCGUAUACAUACUUUAUAUAUAGUCUUUAUGUUGCGUAUACAUACUUUAUAUAUAGUCUUUAUGUUGUGUAUACAUACUUUAUAUAUAGUCUUUAUGUUGCGUAUACAUACUUUAUAUAUAGUCUUUAUGUUGCGUAUACAUACUUUAUAGUCCUUAUGUUGCGUAUACAUACUUUAUAUAUAGUCUUUAUGUUGUGUAUACAUACUUUAUAGUCUUUAUGUUGAAUAUACAUACUUUAUAUAUAGUCUUUAUGUUGCGUAUACAUACUUUAUAUAUAGUCUUUAUGUUGCAUAUACAUACUUUAUAUAUAGUCUUUAUGUUGCGUAUACAUACUUUAUAUAUAGUCUUUAUGUUGCGUAUACAUACUUUAUAUAUAGUCUUUAUGUUGCGUAUACAUACUUUAUAUAUAGUCUUUAUGUUGUGUAUACAUACUUUAUAGUCUUUAUGUUGCGUAUACAUACUUUAUAUAUAGUUUUUAUGUUGCGUAUACAUACUUUAUAUAUAGUCUUUAUGUUGCGUAUACAUACUAUAUAUAUAGUCUUUGUUGCGUAUACAUACUUUAUAUAUAGUCUUUAUGUUGCGUAUACAUACUAUAUAUAUAGUCUUUGUUGCGUAUACAUACUUUAUAUAUAGUCUUUAUGUUGCGUAUACAUACUUUAUAUAUAGUCUUUAUGUUGUGUAUACAUACUAUAUAUAUAGUCUUUAUGUUGCGUAUACAUACUUUAUAUAUAGUCUUUAUGUUGCGUAUACAUACUUUAUAUAUAGUCUUUAUGUUGCGAAUACAUACUAUAUAUAGUCCUUAUGUUGCGUAUACAUACUUUAUAUAUAGUCUUUAUGUUGCGUAUACAUACUUUAUAUAUAGUCUUUAUGUUGUGUAUACAUACUUUAUAUAUAGUCUUUAUGUUGUGUAUACAUACUUUAUAUAUAGUCUUUAUGUUGCGUAUACAUACUAUAUAUAUAGUCUUUGUUGCGUAUACAUACUUUAUAUAUAGUAUUUAUGUUGCGUAUACAUACUUUAUAUAUAGUCUUUAUGUUGCGUAUACAUACUAUAUAUAUAGUCUUUAUGUUGCGUAUACAUACUUUAUAUAUAGUCUUUAUGUUGCGUAUACAUACUUUAUAUAUAGUCUUUAUGUUGCGUAUACAUACUUUAUAUAUAGUCUUUAUGUUGCGUAUACAUACUUUAUAUAUAGUCUUUAUGUUGCGUAUACAUACUAAAUAUAUAGUCUUUAUAUUGCGUAUACAUACUUUAUAUAUAGUCUUUAUGUUGCGUAUACAUACUUUAUAUAUAGUCUUUAUGUUGUGUAUACAUACUUUAUAUAUAGUCUUUAUGUUGUGUAUACAUACUUUAUAUAUAGUCUUUAUGUUGCAUAUACAUACUUUAUAUAUAGUCUUUAUGUUGCGUAUACAUACUUUAUAUAUAGUCUUUAUGUUGCGUAUACAUACUAUAUAUAUAGUCUUUAUGUUGCGUAUACGUACUUUAUAUAUAGUCUUUAUGUUGCGUAUACAUACUUUAUAUAUAGUCUUUAUGUUGCGUAUACAUACUUUAUAUAGUCUUUAUGUUGCGUAUACAUACUAUAUAUAUAGUCUUUAUGUUGCGUAUACAUACUUUAUAUAUAGUCUUUAUGUUGCGUAUGCAUACUUUAUAUAUAGUCUUUAUGUUGCGUAUACAUACUUUAUAUAGUCUUUAUGUUGCGUAUACAUACUUUAUAUAUAGUCUUUAUGUUGCGUAUACAUACUUUAUAUAUAGUCUUUAUGUUGCGUAUACAUACUUUAUAUAUAUUCUUUAUGUUGCGUAUAUAAUGCUUUAUACAUAGUCUUUAUGUUGCGUAUACAUACUUUAUAUAUAGUCUUUAUGUUGCGUAUACAUACUUUUUAUAUAGUCUUUAUGUUGUGUAUACAUACUUUAUAUAUAGUCUUUAUGUUGCGUAUACAUACUUUAUAUAUAGUCUUUAUGUUGCGUAUACAUACUUUAUAUAUAGUCUUUAUGUUGCGUAUACAUACUUUAUAUAUAGUCUUUAUGUUGCGUAUACAUACUUUAUAUAUAGUCUUUAUGUUGUGUAUACAUACUUUAUUGUCUUUAUGUUGCGUAUACAUACUUUAUAUAUAGUCUUUAUGUUGCGUAUACAUACUUUAUAUAUAGUCUUUAUGUUGCGUAUACAUACUUUAUAUAUAUUCUUUAUGUUGCGUAUAUAAUGCUUUAUACAUAGUCUUUAUGUUGCGUAUACAUACUUUAUAUAUAGUCUUUAUGUUGCGUAUACAUACUUUAUAUAUAGUCUUUAUGUUGCGUAUACAUACUUUAUAUAUAGUCUUUAUGUUGUCUAUACAUACUUUAUAUAUAGUCUUUAUGUUGCGUAUACAUACUUUUUAUAUAGUCUUUAUGUUGUGUAUACAUACUUUAUAUAUAGUCUUUAUGUUGCGUAUACAUACUUUAUAUAUAGUCUUUAUGUUGCGUAUACAUACUUUAUAUAUAGUCUUUAUGUUGUGUAUACAUACUUUAUAGUCUUUAUGUUGCGUAUACAUACUUUAUAUAUAGUCUUUGUUGCAUAUACAUACUUUAUAUAUAGUCUUUAUGUUGCGUAUACAUACUUUAUAUAUAGUGUUUAUAAUGUGUAUACAUACUUUAUAUAUAGUCUUUAUGUUGCGUAUACAUACUUUAUAUAUAGUCUUUAUGUUGCGUAUACAUACUUUAUAUAUAGUCUUUAUGUUGCGUAUACAUACUUUAUAUAUAGUCUUUAUUUUGCGUAUACAUACUUUAUAUAUAGUCUUUAUGUUGUGUAUACAUACUUUAUAUAUAGUCUUUAUGUUGCAUAUGCAUAUACACAUACAUAUAUACAAAAGUAUGUGGACACCACUUCAAAUUAGUGGAAUCGGCUAUUUCAGCCACACUCGUUGCUGACAGGUGUAAAAAACCUUUCCAACAAAUCAUUUCUACCCUGCUAGAGCUGCCCCGGUCAACUGUAAGUGCUGUUAUUGUGAAGUGGAAAUGUCUAGGAGCAACAAUGGCUUAGCCGUGAAGUGGUAGGCCACACAAGCACACAGAAAGGGACUGCUGAAGUGCGUAAAAAUUAUCUGUCCUCGGUUGCAACACUCACAACCGAGUCCCAAACUGGAAGCAACAUCAGCACAAGAACUGUUCGUCCUCCCGAAAUGGGUUUCCAUGGCCGAGCAGCCGCACACAGGCCUAAGAUCGCAAUGCCAAGCAUCGACUAGAGUGGUGUAAAGCUCACCGCCAUUGGAUUCUGGAGCAGUGGAAAUGCGUUCUCUGGAGUGAUGAAUCACGCUUUACCAUCUGGCAGUCUGACGGACUAAUCUGGGUUUGGCAGAUGCCAGGGGAAGGCCCUUUCCUGUUUCAGCAUGACAAUGCCCCUGUGCACAAACGAGGUCCAUACAGAAAUGCUUUGUCGAAAUCUGUGUGGAAGAACUUGACUGGCCUGCACAGAGCCCUGACCUCAACCCCAUCGAACACCUUUGGGAUGAAUUGGAAUGCCGACUGCGAGCCAGGCCUAAUCGCCCAACAUCAGUCCCCGACCUCACCAAUGCUCUUGUGGCUGAAUGGAAGCAAGUCCCCCGCAGCAAUGUUCCAACAUCUAGUGGAAAGCCUUCCCAGAAGAGUGGAGGCUGUUAUAGCAGCAAAGUGGGGACCAACUCCAUAUUAAUGCCCGUGAUUUUGGAAUGAGAUGUUCGGCGAGCAGGUGUCCACAUACUUUUGGUCAUGUAGUGUACAUACAGUAGAUUAACCUAGUAUAUGUGUUUCUCUCCCUCUCCCCCUUCCUGCCUCCCUCUCUGCAGAGUAAGGUGAUGGUGUGUGAGCGCUGCAGGGAGGUGUUCAGUAAAGAAGGGGCUCUCCAGAUGCCCCCUCCCAGCAGAGACAACAGGGACAGUGAGCUAGAUGAGGAGAAGGACUCCCUGAAGGCCCAGCUCAGAGAACUGGAGCUAGAGCUGGCCCAGACCAAACUACAGCUGGUAGAGGCCAAGUGCAAGAUCCAGGUCAGAUACCAUGGAGGAUAAGAAGCACACACACACACACACACACACACACACACACACACACACACACACACACAGACUCGCGCACACACACAAACAGAAAAACACACACACAGACACACACACAGAAACACACACACACACACAGAAACACACACACACACACACAGACACACACACAGAAACACACACACACACAGAAACACACACACACACAGAAACACAUGCACACACGCACGCAGAAACACAUGCACACACACAGAAACACACACACACAGAAACACAUGCACACACUAAAACACACAUAAACACACCACACAGAAACACACACACACACAGAAACACACACACACACACACACAGACACACACACAGAAACACACAGAAACACACACACACAGAAACACACACACACACAGAAACACAUACACACACGCACGCAGAAACACACACACACAGAAACACAUACACACACACACACAGAAACACACACACACAGAAACAUAUGCACACACUAAAACACACAUAAACACACCACACAGAAACACACACACACAGAAACACAUGCACGCACACACUAAAACACAGGAACACACACAGGAACACACACUCUCACUCAGUGUAGUAUAAUAAAGUAGUACACAUCAUACACACCUUUUGUUCAAGCCAUUGGAUGUGCUGCUUUUAUGUUCCAUCCCUUUUUGACUAUUCAUGAUUAUCACGAUGACUAUUCAUUAUUAUGGUGACUGACUGUUCAUGUUGCUAUGGUGACUAAUAUUCAGGAUUUAUUAUGGUGACUGACUGUUCAUGCUUGCUAUGGUGACUAUUAUUGAUUAUUAUGGUGGCUGACUUCAUGUUGCUAUGGUGUCUAAUAUUGAUGAUUAUUAUGGUGGCGGACUGUUUUACAUUUACAUUUUAGUCAUUUAGCAGACGCUCUUAUCCAGAGCGACUUACAGGAGCAAUUAAGGUUAAGUGCCUUGCUCAAGGGCACAUUUACGUCAUUUAGCAGACGCUCUAGUCCAGAGCGACUCACAAAUUGAUGCAUUCACCCUAUAGCCAGUGGGAUAACCACUUUACAAUUAUUAUUAUUUUUUUAUUUUUUUAUUUUUUUUUGUUCACGUUACUAUGGUGACUAAUAUCGAUGAUUAUUAUGGUGGCUGACUGUUCAUGUUGCUAUGGUGUCUAAUAUUGAUGAUUAUUAUGGUGGCUGACUUCAUGUUGCUAUGGUGACUAAUAUUGAUGUUUAUUAUGGUGGCUGACUGUUCAUGUUGCUAUGGUGACUAAUAUUGAUGAUUAUUAUGGUGGCUGACUGUUCAUGUUGCUGUAGUGACAAUAUUAUUGAUGAUUAUUAUGGUGGCUGACUGUUCAUGUUGCUAUGGUGACUAAUAUUCAGGAUUUAUUAUGGUGACUGACUGUUCAUGCUUGCUAUGGUGACUAAUAUCAAUGAUUAUUAUGGUGGCUGACUGUUCAUGUUGCUAUGGUGACUAUUAUUGAUUAUUAUUAUGGUGGCUGACUGUUCAUGUUGCUAUGGUGACUGUUUAUUCCUUUGUUCUGUCCAUCCUCAGGAGUUGGAGCACCAGAGAGGCGUCCUGAUGAACGAGAUCCAAGCGGCCAAAAAUUCAUGGUUCAGCAAGACCCUGGGCUCCCUGAAGAGCUCCGGGGCCAGCACCUCCCAGUCCCAGCCCCCCUCCUCCCCCAAAGAUGGGCCCCCGUAGGCCCCUACACAGACCACACUGGCUGGGGGGGGGAUCUGGAGGUCCGGAGAAGAGUCUACAGUAUGCACAGGAGAGCUUAUGAACACUAUCUGAAUAACACCUGAGACAAUGCACUAUUCCCUUUCCAGGGGUGGAGGGGAGGGGGAAGGGGGGGGGGG